UUUUGUUCUCGCAUCAACCACAUUAGCUGAUUAGAAAUGACCAACCCCAUCCUGUACACGAUCCACAUGAGCCCGCCCUGCCGGGCAGUGGAACUCUGCGCCAAAGCCCUGGGCAUCGAGCUGGAACAAAAGGUGGUCAAUCUGUUGGCCGGAGAGCACCUGAAGCCGGAGUUCCUCAAGAUGAACCCCCAGCAUACCGUACCGGUGCUGGACGAUAACGGAGCAGUCGUUAGUGAAAGUCAUGCCAUCAUGAUUUAUUUGGUGUCCAAGUACGGCAAGGAUGAUAGCCUGUACUCGCGUGAUCUGCUCAAACAGGCAAAGUUGAACGCUGCCCUGCACUUUGAAAGUGGCGUUCUGUUCGCUCGUAUGCGGUUCGUGUUUGAACCGAUUCUGUUCGGCGGUGGAUGCGAAAUUCCAACGGAUAAAGCUGAAUACGUUCAAAAGGCCUAUCAGCUAUUGGAAGAUACGUUGGUCGAUGACUACGUCGUGGGAAACUCUUUGACCAUUGCGGAUUUUAGCUGCGUUUCGUCCAUUUCCUCGGUGAUGGGCGUCAUUCCGAUGGAUAAGGAUAAGUACCCGAAGAUCGAUGCUUGGCUGGAUCGCUUGAUUGCACUGCCCUACUACGAGGAGGCCAAUGGAAGCGGUGCCGUGCAGCUGUCCCAAGCAGUUCUGGCAAUGAAGGAGAAAAAUGCUCAGAAGGAUUGAGCUUGUCGAAGACUUGGUUCAGAAAGUA